UACAAUGCGGCGAAAGCAGCGAGUUGGUUCGUGGCUUGAGUGAAAUCACAGUUCAGCAUGAAUCUGUAAACAACAAGUGUUAGAAGAGUUAAAAAAAGAAAGAAAAAGGAAAUGUCCCAAAACACAUUUCAGAGCGGAUUCUUGUCGAUACUGUACAGCAUUGGAAGCAAACCUCUUAAGAUAUGGGACAAGAAGGUAAGAAAUGGCCACAUCAAGAGAAUCACAGACAAGGACAUUCACUCACUGGUGUUGGAGGUUGAAGGGACAAACAUCAGCACCACCUACAUAACAUGUCCUGCAGACCCAAGGAAGACGUUGAGCAUCAAACUUCCUUUUCUGGUCAUGAUCGUCAAGAACCUUAAGAAGUAUUUCACCUUUGAAGUCCAGGUGAUAGACGGUAAGAAGGUUCGACGGCGUUUCCGGGCGAGUAACUAUCAGAGCACGACGCGGGUGAAGCCGUUCAUCUGCACCAUGCCCAUGAGGCUGGACGACGGCUGGAACCAGAUUCAGUUCAACCUGUCGGACUUCACCAGGAGGGCGUAUGGAACUAAUUAUGUUGAGACGCUGCGUGUACAGAUCCACGCUAACUGUCGAAUAAGGAGGGUGUACUUCUCCGACAGACUGUACUCUGAGGACGAGCUCCCAGCAGAGUUUAAACUCUAUCUGCCCGUCCAGAACCAAAAGGCCAAGCAGUAGAUCGUUCCAACCUGAACCUUUCCCUGUCACCUGAUGUGAGGUUCAGCUGUAAGACUUUCUGUGUGUAGAGAUGUGAUGUACGGAAGUGUGUUGCUUGGAUCAGUAAAAGUUUUAUGGUAUAAUUUCCGUCAUAAUUUCCUCUGUUGUAAUAAAGCACAGGAAAUUCGGGAAUAAUAAA